AUGACGGGGGAUCCCGGGUGUCUCGGGUCGGUAAUGGACGUCGAGAAGCGGCAUGCUGUUCGGGAAGAGGGGCAAGGGCCCGGGCCCUCGUCGGUUUUCUGCUCGAUCUGCCUCGAGCCCGUGUCUGCCGAUCUCGGGGACCGAUCCGUCGCCAAGCUGCAAUGUGGCCAUGAGUUCCAUUUAGGUGGUCAUUUCCCCCCUUUCUUUCUAUUCAAUCUCGACUGACAUUCCCUUUCCUCUGUCUGAGCGUGGUCUCUCGGUGUGGGUUUUCAUUUUAAGCUGCAUGCAUUUUGUUCUUGCCGGUUUUUCGUCAUUUUUGGGCUCCAUUUUAGGAGCUGAUGCUAUCCGGGUGGAACUCCUAUCCAAUUUGUAUGCCGACUUGGUUCCAAGUGAUUUUGCUGUUCUUUCUCGAUUCAAAUUGUGGCGGCUUACGUGCGGGUUUCAUUUUUGUCAUCUUAUCUGUCUGUAUCCUCUGAUUUGUCCAUAUUGAUCAGGUUGAAUAUGUGGUGCAUCUCGAUUUGGGAAGGAGAGCGUUUGUAUUUACUCACUGCCGCAUGUCGGCUACAUUGUCCUGUGAUCGUUUUUUUCCUUCUUCUGCUCAUCUGUCACUGCAAAGUGACGAUUGCUCUGAUGGAACUGAGAGUUUCCUCUCCUCGAAGAAAUGCCUCAUCUUUGGACUGUGGCACGCCGAGUUUAGUUUUAGCUUUCCGCUUCUCUGUUAGAGUUCAGCUACGCUGUAGAAAAACACCUUCUUACUUGCCUGAAGAUGUGGAACCGUGGGCAGAUGGAUCCCAUGUAAGUUAUUUCUGUUGGGAAUGGAAUGAAGUAGCGUUAUGGAUCUCACAAAUUUACCAUUUUUUGACUGGGACGCUAAAGGGAGAGAGUCGACUUUUAAAACGCUGUGAAAUAGCAUAUGGGUCCAUGAUGAUAGAGAAGCAUCUCAAUUUUGGAUUGGAACAUGGUCUCUGAUCCUAGGAGAUUGUUUUACCAAGACAUUGUCGAUGGCUAAAAAAAGACUGUCUUUUGAAAAAAAUGUGGGGACUUGUGAUGGUAGAUAAGAAAAAAGGAUAAUGAGAAGAAGAUUCAUGUGAUUCUUUUCUCUCAAUUCAGAAAAAAAAUAGAUAUUUCUGUGUGUCUGGGUAGGGGAUUGAUCAAUAAUGGGCUGUCUUGAGUUUAGUUUUUUUAUGGUUCAGGCGAACGCCAGGAGCAUUAAGUGAAAUAUCGUGCCUCUCCACUGUGUGACGUUCAGUCCUCUUUUAAAAUCUUUCCUAUUGUGCCAGUGUGACAUCUGACUUACACUGCAGGAAGUGAUGAAGUGCUGAAAGUAAAAGGAUCUUUUAUUUCAAGAAUGUAUUAGCUUCCUAGCUUUUCAAGAAAGCAAUCUUAGUUUUGUCUUCCUUGAAGGGAAUAAUUACAUUAUACCUUAUUUAUAGAUUAAAAAUUUUGACGUGUUUUCUUCUAACAUAAGGACAAUCUUGGUGAAUUGUUGGUGAACCAUGUUCUCUAGAAUAAUGGACAAUCUUGGUAAUUUUUCAAGUCACUUGAUUUUACUUCAGCUGACUUGUAAGUUGAACGAACGAAGUUGGAAAACUAUGAUCUACUCAUACUAUCAAAGUGUUAGGAAACAAUCUAUUCAGUGUUCGUAGAAUCUGAAACAGCUGAAAUUUUUCAAGUCAGUGCUUCUAGGAUCUGAAACAGCUGAAUUUGAUGAGCAGAUGAGAAAUUCUUGUAUCAUAUUCACUAUCUUCUUUGCAUAGCUUUCUCUUUCUUUCUCUCUCACUCUCUCUAUACACAUAUUUGUAUCUAUAUGCAUACGUGGCUGGAUUCUGUCCGGUUGACAAAUAUGUUUGUGGAAGAUGGACGGGAGAGGGACUAUUUGCACGAUACAGAUGCUCCAAAGAGGGCAUUUUUCUAGGGUUUGAAACCCAUUAGCGUGCCAUAGAAGGCCUGGUUUGUCUUACUCGUAUUACUUUGGUAUACGAUAUCAUAUAGUUGAUAUCAUAUAGAUCAGCUUUACAGAUUUUCUGCGUUUUCCCUUAUUUAUAUAAGAGACAGAAAUUCUACUCGGCGUGUUUGAUGUUGAUGAUGUAAGAUUGGUUAUGUUGCUCCAUAUCAUUGCUAUUCAAGAUUGAUUCUUGGAACAUGACAUUAUUUAGCAAAAUCUAAUAUUCUUAUUUCACUUUGUAGAUUGUAUCGGCUCAGCAUUCAAUGCCAAAGGGAUCAUGCAGUGCCCUAAUUGUCGGAAAGUUGAGAAGGGUCAAUGGCUAUAUGCGAAUGGAUAUCAUUCGGUUCCCGAACUAAAUGUAAAUGAUUUGGUCAAUGAAGACUUAUAUAACCUCAAUUACUCUGAAAUGGUAAACUUGCUGCAACUGUUUGACUAUUAUCAAAGCAGAGCAUGCUGUUGCCUUCUUUUCACUAGCAUUGGUUAAGCAUUUUUUGUUUUUUUUUUUCUCCCUUUAUCAUGCCAUGUUACGAGCUUACCAACUUCGUUUUAGUUUCUGUAUUAUCGCUUGUUAAAAUUGAAUUCAUUUUCUCCAACUAGGAGAGUCGUUUCCAAAUUUUAGUUGCACCAUUAUAGUGGGAACAUCUGUAGUUAUUAAUCCUUCCCUAUUGUCUUUUAUGUGGUCAAAAUUUGAAUAUUUUUUCUUACAAUUAGGACAACCAUUUCGUAUUGUUUUAAUUUAUUAGUAUUUUUUUUAUUACUCCUUUUUUAAUGGGUCUUGAGUAUCUAUGGAAUUUAGUAUCUCAUUUUUAUGGCCGAGUUCUUAAUUAAGUCUUCGUUAACAUCUGGGCUCCAUGGAAGAUGCCUCGAUGUCUUUGUGGAAGCAUCAUGUGUAUUUUGUAUUUGUUCAGUCAAUCAAAAUGCCUUGAUAAUUUCAAAUGUGACGAAUCUGAGAUUAUGAUGGUCAGUCAAUCAAUUAUGGUGCAUCAGAAUGCGAUCAGUGCCUGGCAAAUGCUAUGCUUAUUUUUUAUCUGUUCAGGAUACCGUUACCGAUAGCUCAUUUGGUUUUGCUUCGUGUAAACAAUAGAGGAUUUGUGAAGUUUGUCGGCUGUUAAGCCCCCUAUGUUAUGAUGGAGCUUAGGGGCUUAUCUGUCCUUCAGAAUCCUAUGACCGUUCUUGGAAAUCGACAGAACUGUGGCAUUCUGGUAUUGAGGAGGACAAACAAAGUUUCAUUCUGAAAACACGAAAUUUUUUGUGACUAAUUGGUUCGGGAGCAUGCCCUAAUCUCGAUGUGAUUUGUCAAUCCAAGGGAGAUUGUGUCAGCAUUGGAGGUCCAGCUUAGUCAAGCCUUCCACUAACUUGUACUGCUCGUUCCACAAAAUUGUUAGGGAUUGGAUCACUAGCUGAGUUUACUAUGGCUGGGGGAGAUGCUAUCUCUCCUCUUUGUCUUUAAAAUUUUCUUCUCAUCUUUCUCACGUCAUAUAUUUCUCCUCUUAGUGAGGGGAAGUCUCCACCCCGAGUUUCUCUCGGACCGUUUUUCUUUUGAACUGAAUAAUAUUUGUCCAGUUUGCUUCUCUACCUUUGGGGAGAUUGGCUGGAUAUUUUGGGACCUUGCCUCUUGUAAUGCUUAUCUUUUCUUAUUCUGUUAGCGUUAGGCCAUUGAACCUACCCUUAAUCUCAUUCCCAGGCUACAAUUUGUGCUGAUUAUGGAACGAAAUUUUUUUCAUACAUGAACGCGAGUUUGUAUUGCAACCAUUGUUUGAAUGCAAUAGACAAUCGAUAAAUAGUUUUGUAGUGCGAGAAACAUAAUCUCUUGAUAGAAUACUUAAAACUGUAAAAGCUGAGAUUUUUCUCGUUUCUCUUCCAACUAAAAAUUUUCCUUCUCGAGUUGAAGUAAUAACUGUCAUAUAUUCCAUAUGUUCUCAUGAAUUCCACCAAGCUGGCCAUAUAUUUACAAAAAAGAAAAUAAAAAGAGGAAUUAUUCAGUGUCGUCGGAUAUAGUCAGCGUUUCAAUCUCUUUCCUUAAAGGCAAGAAGCUCUAAAUAUGUUUUAACCGUUAUUAGAUUUUAGAACUCAAGUUAUCAAAUUUUACAUUUCAACUUUUAAGCAGGAAAUAGAAUUAUCUGUCAGGGCAUAUGAUUUGAGUGCUUAGCCAUCGGUUGGUGAAACUUAGGGAUAGGGGCUUGCUGAAAGCGAAAUCAGACACUGUUCUAGGUAGGAGACCUGAAAUUCUAUUUCGAAAUUCUUCUUUCAGUUGUAGGCACUUGGAUUGUAGGAACAUGUCUGCAACCGUAUUCUAUUAACUGAUGAAGCUAUGAACAUCAUUAUCUUACACUAACCAGGACAGCUGAGCAUAUAUCUCCAUUGUUUCACCUAUCAUGGAAAUGUUCCUGCCUAUCUGAAUAUUUAUUGUCCUUGUUUAGAAUCAACUUUUUACUAGAUUAAACAUAUUUAUUGUUCUUGUACUUACGUAUUUCGAUCUCUCUCCAUAUAUUGCUUUGUGUUUGCCCAUUUCAAAGAGCUUGUCCGCUUCACUUUGUUGAUAUUUCUGUAUCAUUCUAUUUAUUUCGCAGCCUUUUGGAUUCCAUUGGUGCCCUGUUCGUGGAUUCACACAACUGGCUUCAUUAUUCGAGUAAGUUGAUGCGAUGUAUCUUUUUUCCCUCUGCAAAUUGUGAGGAUUUUGAUGUGAAUUUUCUCUCCGUCUGAGCUACUUUUAUAUAUCGACUCAAAGAAUCUUGAGGGUGAGUCCGACUAUCUUGGGUACCCUGGCUAUGAGUGUUGGAAAUGUUGGCGCUAUGUUUAGUUCGUUCGUUAAAUUUAUUUUCUUCAAAAAACCCAGGAUUUUUAUCAUGGAGUUUUCUUCCAAGUUCUUUAUAAUCAUUAUGAUAGACCUUUAGUAAGAUAAAUUUAUUAUACGAGUUUUUUUUCGAGUUUUUUUUAUUUUUUAUUUUUUAUUUUAUGAAUCCUUGAUACUGAGGGGAUGCGCCAAUGUUCAUUCUUCAAGCCCCUUUCAAGAAAUGAUGGUCCACACAGCUCAUAGGUGGCAAGUAAAACCGUAAGAGAGACCAGGGGAAACUCAUCUGCUUCUAAAAGACAAACCCAUGUAGGUGGUUCAUUCUGCUGCUGUCCGCUGUGGAAUGUCUUGGGAGAGGCUUAGCUGCCUCUGCUGGUCAACAACUCCCUGAUCCAUAUUCGGUGCAUCAGCUUUUCCCUUCAUGUCGAUUAGGAUGAAGGGUGGACAAGAAUUCGAUGCGACGAGGAAGGGGGGUGAUAUGCCAUCUUGAGUGCCUUCGUCAUCUGACAUAGUCAACACAAACUUGGUCUAGACCGCUGCUCCUUCAUAGGGAGUAUUUUGAGAACUGUGUAAACCUUAUUGUAUAGCGUUAUCCUUUGUUAUUAUGUUGUAUGAAAAUAUGGUCCCAUUCAUUUUCAUUUAAGAUGGCAUCUAUUUAUGUGGAACAGCAGAGGAGAAGAGGGGAUAUUAUAAAAGUACUAAAUGAAAAAAGUGACUCCCCUCCCCCCCUUUCCCACAGGAAAAAUGUGAGUCCCUAGCAUAUGGAGGAAGCAUUGUAUUUGUGAGACAUCUAGAUUGCAGUUUUUCUUUAGUUGGUAGGUUAUGAUUUUCAUGCAGAAUGGAGACAGCAUCUGAGAGAGAUUGAUACUGAAGGAUACCGAGUUUGAUCUGGGGCUCACUGCCUGGGAUCCUUGAUGGCAGAACUUGGAACAUCGGCUGAGAGGCAUAGCUAAUGCAUGCUUUCUAUCUAGCAUUGUUGAAAUUGCUGGGUGCCACCACAAUGAGUUAUAUUCCUGUCAUCCUCUCCUGCUGUCAUGGCGGGGCUGUUAAUGGCCGAGGCUGUGAUACAUGAGUGACGUGAUGGUAAUCCGGUGCAGAAUUUUAAAGAGUUGGGUGUUGUUUUUGGGCUUUGGCCUUCCGCAGAGCUGCGAGAGGUUUUGUUGGAAGUUAUUUAAGAGUAGUGUAGGUUUAUUUCUUGUGUAUAAUAAUAAUUAUUAUUAUUAUUAUCCAUAGACGGUGUAGUGCGAAAAAGUACAGUAAAGAAGCAUAAGGAUUCCUCUGUGAUAAAGAGAGAUCUGUGUGUGCCAUGAUAAGGAAAGAAGAGAAAGGGCCUCUUUCUUGCUCUGCGUCCCAUCUUCUUCUUCCUCUGACCUUUCUUUCUUUCUUUCUUUCUUUCUUUCUUUCUUUCCUUCUUUCUUUCCUGCUAGUGGUGCCUUGAGAGAGGCCUGAUCUGGUUGACAAUCAUCUAAUCCAAUAUCUUUCUAUCUGGAGAUUUCCAGCCGUUUCUUUUUUCUCUUCAUGAUUCCAGAAGAUGAGAAUGGAGAUUUACAGGAGUAUCCGUUGUAAUAGAAUCAAUGCGUGGGCUUUCUUUACUCAAUGGGGUCAUUUACUUGGCAUUCCCUUGCUAUCCUCCUCCAGAAAUAUUUUCUUUUAAUUGUCAUCAAUUUGAUUAUACGCUUACUUUCAACGAGAAGGAAAACGGAACUUUGUAUUCGGCCCCAGUAGAUUUGUUUUGCUGAUUAUUGAGCGUAAGCUUUUAGAUGGACUCAAACAAGUUGCCUUCUUGCAGGGAGAGUGAAGUCCAGGCAGGUGUGUGUAAGUAUUGGCCAUAAAAGCUUUUUCCGGUCGCAUCGUCCUCGUUGACUUUUUUCUGUUUUGCUUUUUUUUUUUUUCCAGUUCUUAUUCAACUUGCUUAUUGCACCAGAUCAUGAUCUGUUGAGGAGUACCUCAUUUGGUGAUUCCACCAGCCACGUCUGUCCCUACCUAGCUCUUCAUGGCCACCAUGCACCUUCAAAUCCAGCGGACCCCCUCCCUGACACCGGAUCAUUCCACCGCCACCUGGCCGACCUCGCCGGUCAGCCACCCGGAGCCAUGAUGAGCGCCCACACGCAAGGCUUCGCCGAGCCCCAGCAUCACAGCUGGCAGCCCCAUCCCCCUGCGUCCUUGCCGCUCCCUGGCAGCGGGGACCAAGCUGCUGCCCACAUGGGGUUAAGAUUAGUACCGGUGGACCCAGGAGGCCAACAGAGGCCGGGCUCCUUUGGCCAUCCUCAUCCCCUCCACCAUGGGUAUGCUAUGUUUCUUCAUUCAUCUCGUAUCUAAGAACCGAACCCACUUAGAUCACUGUUUUAGCAGGUGAGAGAGUGGGGAGGGAGGUUCAUUAUGCAUCUGAUUUUCUACCGAAUUGUUGCAGGUCGGUCAUGAGGGAUGGCCGGGUCGACCACGGCGGCAGGCAUUUGUUCCACCAGUCUCCACCUUCUUCGUUGCCUUCCAGGGGCAGAGCCUUCCUCCCAGUCAGGACGUGGCCCAGGAGGGUGGCAUUUGUAUCCACCAUGGCGGCGGCGGCGGCAGCAGCAGCCUCCUCCUCGGUGGAGGCCGGCGGCCUCUACAGGCUCUCCCUCCCCGGAGCAGCGGCCGGGCAGCGGCACCAGGAAGGCGAAGGCACAGGUCGCCACUUUGACCACCUCUAUGGACUCGGAAGAGAUGGGUUCUCCACCAUCCCCUGGAUCCCUGUUGACGGCGAGCCCCAGUGGUGGGGGCCCUUCCACCAUGGUGUCCCUAAUCCGCCGCCUGGUAUCAGAAGGCGGCCUACCGCCGACUCCCCUGAUGGUGGGUACCUGCCGCCGCCGAUCCCCCUCCUCCGGAUGCCCCCAUUCGUGUGA